GAGACGGUCGGUAGGACAGAGGCACAACACUGCUUGCUUCUGGUUGGCAUUCAGUUUCCAGACUUCUCUGAUCCACUCCAACAGCUACCACUCACCAAUCUACCUUCCAUCUCCCCAGAUUCUGAGGCUGUAUGAAUACAGACUUUGUCAUGCCUGCCCUGUGAUCCGGACAAGUUGCUUAACUUCUCUGAGACUUGGUUUUCUCAUCUGUAAAGUGGGGACACGAAGAGCUACUUCACAGAGUUGCUGUGAAUGGAUGUUUGGCAGGUUGUUUCAUGACCUGCUCUCUUCCUGGAGCCCAGAACAGGACAGGCACUCGGCUUUCUUGAUCAUGGAUGGUGAAGAUAUACCAAAUUUUUCAAGUUUAAAGGAGGAAACUGCUUAUUGGAAGGAACUUUCCUUGAAGUAUAAACAAAGCUUCCAGGAAGCUCGGGAUGAGCUAGUUGAAUUCCAGGAGGGAAGCCGAGAAUUAGAAGCAGAGCUGGAGGCACAGUUAGUACAGGCUGAACAGAGGAACAGAGACUUGCAGGCCGAUAACCAGAGACUGAAGUAUGAAGUCGAAGCACUAAAGGAGAAACUAGAACAUCAGUAUGCACAGAGCUACAAGCAGGUGUCGGUAUUAGAAGAUGAUUUAAGUCAGACUCGGGCCAUUAAGGAGCAGUUGCAUAAGUAUGUGAGAGAGCUGGAGCAGGCCAACGAUGAUCUGGAGCGAGCAAAGAGAGCAACAAUAGUGUCACUGGAAGACUUUGAACAAAGGCUAAAUCAGGCCAUUGAACGAAAUGCAUUUUUAGAAAGUGAACUUGAUGAAAAGGAAUCUUUGUUAGUCUCUGUACAGCGGUUAAAGGAUGAAGCCAGAGCUAUACCAAACGGUUUUGGUACCAGUCCACUAACUCCUUCCGCUAGGAUAUCAGCACUAAACAUCGUGGGGGAUCUCUUACGGAAAGUAGGGGCUUUAGAAUCCAAAUUAGCGGCUUGCAGGAAUUUUGCAAAGGACCAGGCAUCACGAAAAUCCUAUCUUUCAGGGAAUGUUAACUGUGGGCUGAUGAACAGCGACAGCACAAAGUUCCCUCGAUCAGGACACACGUCUUUCUUUGACAAAGGGGCAGUAAACGGCUUUGACCCAGCGCCUCCUCCUCCUGGUCUGGGCUCCUCGCGCCCGUCGUCAGCACCGGGUAUGCUGCCUCUCAGUGUGUGAGUGCCCGGCCUCCGGGUGGGGGCGCCUGCCCUCCUCCAACAGCCCAGGACACCCACGCCUCGUCCCUCGGUGCCUGGGCCCAGCCUGGGCCCCUGCGUCUGCCUCCCCACGGCUGGCAGAGGGCAGGCUGCAUGCGGCGGCGGCUGCUGGGCCCUGCCUGGCCCCAGGACUCUGCGCGAUAUCAAUACUGGCUAUUUUCUCUUCUCGCCGUGGUGCCGUUGGUCUCACAUGAUUGCACUUUUGUGGGUCACAAGGUGGCACGUCCGUGUACUCCUUGGUCACUGGAUGCAGAAGUACCCAUCAUCAUCACGCCUGCCCCAUAGCUCCCACCCAGCUGUACGGAUAGGGUUUAGUUGUGUUUCAGACAUUGCCGACCUUCUAGAAGGUCUCCCCCAGAUCAGGUCAACACGUGCCCCUGCCCCUCCCCCCCCAGCUCCCGCCAGCUCCCGCCCACGCUUCUUCAGUGCUCACGAUCGAUCGCGUGUUCUCCAGCUCCACUCCCCACCGUGUGACCUGCUGCUGGUCGGGGGUCGGGAAGGUCACUGAAUUAGGGAACAUUUUCUGCACCUUCUGAUUUUACUUUAGCGGUUAUCAUUCCAUAGACUUGCCUCCCAGAGCAGCGAAAUGCCCGUCUGGACCCCAGCUAGCGGGAGCCUCUGGGGCCGGGGCACCAUCUGCUCCUCAUCCGUGUGCCUCAGACUCGGGGUGAGGGGCGGGGGCAGUCUCCUUGCCAGCUCUCUGGUCCUUCAGUUAAGCGACAUCUUUCAGGGCGUUUUGUUUUGUCCUCUGAGGGCCUGUCCACUUGUGUUAGGAAGCGUCGAGCGGCCCCAUUCAGGGGGCUUCUGGUGGGCAGACUGGCCGUAAGUGGUUGCUCCCGAUCAUCUUGAUUACUCUCAUGCUGCAUUUACUGUUUACAUUUGUUUUAUUGUACAUAGGUUUGUAAACAUUAUCGCCUAAGAUAUUUGUAUAUAACUUGGGCUUUGUAGCUUUUAUUUAUUCAGAACUCACACGGCAUGUUAAUGACUUACGAUGGUGUCCUACUCUGGGCAGCUGCAUAGGAUCAUCAUGUGGUUAAAA